AUGUUGUAUUCGCUCUUGAGAUGCAAGGUCAACGCUGACUUCUUGCCAGACACUGUCGUCUUGAACUACGCCCUCACCCUUGAGCACUUGGAGAACACUUUCUACCAUCAAGCACUCGCAAACUACACGGAAGAGGACUUCACCAACGCCGGCCUGCCUGAGUGGGCCCGCGGCCGCUUCGAGGAGAUUAGCAAGCACGAGCAGAGCCACGUCGACACGCUCACGUCGGUCCUCGGUGACUCCGCCGUGCAAGCAUGCGAGUACAACUUCCCCGUCACCGACCCCAAGUCCUUCGCGGCUUUGAGCCAGGUUCUCGAGGGUGUCGGCACGUCGGCGUACGCUGGCGCAGCCAAAUACUUGCAGGGAACCGACGCUCUUACGGCAGCCGCCGUCAUCCUCUCCACUGAGGCUCGCCACGCCGCAUGGGUCGCAUCCGCCAUCUCGCUCGAGAACCCAUGGAGUGGCGCGUACGAUACCGCUCUCACCUUCAACGAGGUUUACACCCUGGCUAGCGGUUUCAUCGUAUCCUGCCCCUCAUCCAACCCCGCGCUGCCCUUCAAGGCCUUCCCCGCGCUCACCCUCGGCGCGGGCCAGCCCGGCCAGUCCGUCAGCGUCACCUACGCCAACGGCACCGAGACCGAUGGCGACAUGUACAUCGCUUUCUUCAGCGGCCUCGACAAGACCUUCCAGGAGGUCACUGAUGGGUCGGUUACGAUCCCGGAGGGUUUGAAGGGCACGGUCUACGCUGUUGCGACUAACAACGCGACCGCGGCGACGGACGAUACCACCGUUGCAGGCCCGGCGAUCUUGGCCUUCCCCUAUGGCCCGGACGGCGAGCUCUUGAACUAAACUGAGCACUUGUGCGUAGUGUCAACCACUGUAUUUCUAGAAGUUUGAAGGAGGAUAUG